GCCAAUAGGCGGCUGGGCGGAACCGCGCCCCUCCGACGGCCGCAGGACACCGCAGGGAGCAGCGCUCCUCCCGGGAGGCAUGGAGCGGCCGGUGCGAGUGCGGACUUGGGUGGAGGAGAACCGGGCCUCCUUCCUGCCCCCCGUCUGCAACAAGCUCCUGCAUAAGGAGCAGCUCAAAGUCAUGUUCAUCGGGGGCCCCAACAUCAGGAAAGACUACCACAUCGAGGAGGGUGAGGAGGUGUUUUACCAGCUGCAGGGCGACAUGGUUCUCCAAGUCCUGGAGCGAGGGAAACACCGGGAUGUGGUCAUCCGGCAGGGAGAGAUAUUCCUCCUGCCCGCUGGGAUCCCCCACUCUCCACAGAGGUUUGCCAACACGGUGGGGCUGGUGAUUGAGCGGAGGCGGCUGAAAACCGAGCUAGAUGGGCUCAGGUACUACGUAGGAAACACCACGGAUGUCCUGUUUGAGAAGUGGUUCUACUGCGAGGACCUCGGCACACAGCUGGCCCCCAUCAUCCAGGAGUUCUUCAGCUCUGAGCAGCACAGGACAGGAAAACCCAUCCCUGACCAGCUGCUCAUGGACACGCCAUUCCCCCUGAGCACACGAUCCGUCAUGGAGCCCAUGUCCUUGGAGGCCUGGCUGGCUGGCCACCGCAGGGAGCUGCAGGGGGGCGCAUCCCUCAACCUGUUUGGGGACACCUAUGAGACCCAGGUGAUCGUCCAUGGACAAGGCAGCAGCAAAGGCUGGAAGCAGAACGUGGACAUGUGGCUGUGGCAGCUGGAGGGCUCCUCUGUGGUGACCAUGGGGGGACAGCACCUGAGCCUGACCCCCGAUGAAAGCCUCCUGGUGCCAGCCAGGGCUGAGUACUCCUGGGAGCGAGGGCAAGGCUCUGUGGCCUUGGCUGUGACUCAAGACCCCGCCCGCAAGAAUUCGGUCCGGUGGUCUGUCUCUGAGUCUGGGCUGCCUCUCCGUCUCUCUGUCCUCACAGCCUCAGUUCACUACUUGUCUGCCACCCAGAAGGCCCUCAAUAAAGGCUUCCUGGUGGAUGAGAGCCCGUGGGUCUGCAAGGACACAGGUGCCCUCUCCAAAGACAAGGCUGCUGGGCCUGCUCUGGGGUCAGGAGUGCUGGCAGCCCCAGAAGCAGCAGUGGGUAGAAAUGAAACAGGAAACCUGUAG